AUCUCGUUUACUUAAAGUCGUGACGCGUACAUCUUUCUUCUGCAAUUGGAAUAUAUCUCGGAAAUAUAUAUUCUACUACUCUCUUCAUCCUUGGCUUGCAUCUUCUGAAUCACCGUUAUCUUCAUCAUUAUUUCAAGGUGGAGAAUAUCGUGAUCGGAUAAACGAAGGAUGGUAAGCUCCCGUUCAUCGUCAACGGCUAUCGACGAUAAGAACGAAGAGAACGAGGAGAAGAAAAGGAGAGAAAAAGAAGAAGAAGAAGAGGAAGAAGAAGAGGAAGGUGUAAACGGUGGUAACAACGGUGAUCCGUCGUCGUCUCUGUCUACAGUAGAGGUAUUAGAUUUUGUUGGCGAAGCAACAGGCAGCGCCAUCUCGCCGAGAAAGAAACGAAACCUUAAGAGCGAGAACAAGGACGAGGGGAAGGGAAAGGGGGGAAGGAGGACGAACGCCGCCGACGACGAUCACGACGACGACGCCGAAUGGGGCCGACGGAGCAACGGCGGGCCGCCUCCCUCGCUCUCGAUGUCGUUAGACCUGCAGAAUCAUCCGAUCGGUAGCGCAAGUCCGCAAAACGACUCUGGAGAUUAUUCGAAUAUCGGUAGCGGUGGAGGCUGUGGUGAUGGUGAUGGUAGUGGUAGUAGUGGUCCCGGUCCCGGUCCCGAUUCCGGUUCAGGUUCAGUUCCAGAUCCACUUAUUACGACCGAAACUAACAACAACGCUCCUUCCUCUUGCAAUAUAAAACUCAUUGGUAAUAAUCGAGACGAAGAAGAAAGUUACGAGGGCUUUGGCUUCGGCUCCGACUUUGGCUCCAGUUCUGGUUUUGGUUCCGUCGAAGUUGAUGCUGACGGUGAACCCGAAGACGGCCGAGACGACGCCGAUUCACCUGGUGGCAGUAGCUCGGCACCCUCUCCUACCGGUAGCAAUCCUUUCGGCAGAAACCCGAGAAGUCCGAAUUCGACCAUAGGAAGGCAUUCCUGGCUUCGAACGUCGCUCAGACGAACACCUCCAUGUUCCGGGAGAAAAAGGAUCAGUUCAAAUGCAUUAGCGAGUCAGCUCUAUCGCAGCGGUAGCUUCAAUAGUUCGGGAAGAGGCUCGAACUGCGAUAAUACGGACGAUAUGUACAGCGAUGUGUCUCUUGAGGAAGACUUUAUCGAUCUCAAUCAUAGGGUCCAAAUGAUUCAGGAACAAAUGCACGUCUUGGCCGAUACGCAAUCGGUCGGUGAGGAAAGAUAUGCGAGAGUUAAACAAGAAAAUGCUACUUUGCAAGCAAGAAUAUUGAUGUUAGAAGAAGCUGCGAAAGAUGCCGAAACUAGAGCUGAAGAACGAUUACAGGCAGAACAAAGAAGGCACAGAGAAUUGGCCAGUCGUUUGGAAAGAGAAAAACAGUUACAAUUAGAAAAUUAUGCUAUUAAAUUACAAGCAAUUGAAUUAGAAAGUUCUAGUUUGAGGGAUGAAAUAGGAAGAUUACGAGAGCAACUUGAAAGAGUUAAAAACGACAAGGCCUCCCUUGAGAUAGAACUCAAAGAUUCUCAAAGCGAAGCAAAUACUGCCAGAGAAAACGAAAAACAGGCAGCAGCUAGAGCUAAUGAAGCACAUCAUAUGCUUCAAGUAGCUAAGGAGGAACUAAUAAUUAGAGCUGAUAAUCAACAGAGACUCGAAGAGCUUGAACAACAAGUGGUUCAUCUUCAAGCACGUAAUAAAAGUUUAGAAGAGACACGAGACGAGUUGCAAGCUGCUGCCGCUGUACAAGCAGGUCGAGAACUUUUAAUGUUAAAUCCUUGUAGUAACGGUACUGAAAAAGGACCUAGUCUAGCAGCCGAAUUAUUGGCUGGUAUGAAUCAAGAUCAGAUGGAUGGUCAUGCAAUUGAAGAAUAUGAACCACCAUAUAGUAUUUCGGAAUUGAAACAGGCUUUGAAAGAACAACAGGAAGUCAACGCGCAAUUAAGAGCAUAUAUUGAUGGGAUUUUAUUAAAUAUUGUUGAGAAUUAUCCACAAUUGCUUGAAGUGAAACAAGCGCACUAAUUGUGGAACAUUUAUAAAUGAUUAGAAAAUUUUGAAAUGAUCUUUGAAAAUAGAAGGCAUUGUACAUUAAAUUUCUCUUUACUAAAAUCACUGUUUAUACAUUUAUAUAAAUUAUUCUACUGUAGUUGUAUACAUAUAUGUACAAGAUGGCUCAAGUUUUUUCAAUGAAAUUUGAGUAACUUAUUCUGUAAGUGGUUCAUUCACAGAAUAUUUUGCUAUAAUUUGGGCAAGAAAAAACAACUUGAAAAGCGUGUGAUAUCCUGUACAUGUAUACACAUAUAAAAAUAAUUCGGGAAAAUAGUUUCCGUCCAUAUAAAUUUAAAACUCAGUAAUAUCUAGGUGAUGUGUGAAAUUGGAACUUCGGACUGUCAUCUUUGUCAUUUGUAUUAUUUAUUUUAUUAUAAUGGCAGGGAGAGAGUAAAUAGGUUGAAAAUGUGGCAUUAUUGUUGCCAAUUAUUUGAAACAAUGAAUGUGUAUAUUAUAUUAAGAAAGUACACAAAAGGCCUUCGUAUAUAUUAUUAUUAUUAUUAUUAUUAUUAUUAUUAUUAUUAUUAUUAUUAUCAUUAUCAUUAUCAUUAUCUUGAAAAGUUUUAUGAUAUUCUAAUCGACGAACUAUUAUCAAAGAAAAGAUGUAAUUAUUCGUUAUUGCACCUUUUUUCUUACCAUUUUGGAAAGAAUAUUUGAUAGUCAAGUAUUUAAUAAUAAUUCAAUAUGUGAUAAUGUACAGAUGAAGCGAUGUAUCGAUGAUUUAUAAAAAUAUCUUUUUUUUCACAGAAGGAUGAUACAUCGUAACGAUAAAAUGGUAAAGACCACUUUAUCUAUGAAAGAAAUACUAUUUUCGCCUUGUAAUUAAUUGUGUGAAUCGAAUUUAAUUUUUAAAUAAAUAUCAUUCGCGAGUUACCUAUAUAUAGACUUGACAAAGAGGUGAUGUAUGACUGCGUUAUGUGUCACGGCAUCUGUGAUACAAGAAAAUAGUACCUAUUAAAUUAAUAUUUAGUAUUUUCACCUAUAGAGUAUUUUAGGUCUUUAUACUGAAAGCUAUUGAAGUUGCGAAUAAAUCGUUAUAUUUUGA